AUGGACCCUCAAGACACCCAGGAAACAUCCAUCAAAAAGCGAGGACCCAAACCUCUCCAAUCCUCCAACCGCAAGACCCAAUACCUAAUCCUCUACAACUUUGUCUCCUCACUCCUCUGGCUUGUCGUCCUAGGCCGAGUGCUCCUCCUAGUACCACUCGUUGGUUUCGGCCGCCUAUAUCCCGGGGUCGGCCAAUUCGUAAAAUGGACACAGACAGUUGCACUUCUAGAAGUUGUACAUGCAGCGAUUGGAGUUGUCCGGGCCCCUGUUAGCACAACCAGUAUGCAAGUAGCCAGUCGCUUGCUUCUCGUUUGGUUUAUUGUGAAUCCAUUUCCUUGGGUUGCGAAGAGUGCGGGAUAUUCAUCUAUGCUUAUUGCGUGGAGUGUUACGGAAGUUAUUCGCUACUCCUACUUUGUUAUUACGCUCAGCGGCUACAAACCAGCUAUCGUUACUUGGUUUCGAUACAAUACCUUUUUCGUUCUAUAUCCUUUGGGGAUUAGCAGCGAGUGUUGGUUGAUAUAUAAAUCUAUUGAGCCUGCCGUGGAUGUGUAUGGAUCGCUGUAUGCUUUAGCUUUGAAGUUGAUUCUCCUAAUUUAUAUUCCUGGAUCUUAUAUUUUGUUCACGCACAUGAUCAAGCAAAGGAGUAAAGUUUUCCGAGCUCAGCGAGAGGCAUCGAAAAACGAAUAA